AUGUUCGGUACGUUGAGGGCAAGGCCUGUUGCAUCGCGCAGCGAGCAGCCAGAUUGCCGGCACACAUUCCUCGAAUGGUUCCGGAAGAGCCAGCAAGGGCUGCCCCCCCCUGCCUUUAACGAGGUUGAUGAUGCCUAUGGCGAUGCAGGGAUGUACUAUGAGACGAUGCGGAGGAAUGUCUUGGCAGAGGCGGUGUCUUCCUUCUGCAGCAGUGGCCCUCGAGUGCAGCUGGAUGCAAAGCAAACGUUGAAAGGCGUAGCUGUGACAAGGGUCCAGUUGGAGAGCCAGAAUGGCAGCGAUCCGUCCCAAUCUGGAGCGGAUCUUCAGCUCAAGGACAACGUGGUCGGGGUGGAUGGGGAGCUCUUCUGGGUGACCAAGUGUGAGGUGAGCUCUGUACAAAUCCUUGGAGGCACCAAGCACAUGGCUGAGUUGGAAGGCUUCUCGUCUUCUGGAAGCCAGCUUCAUGAGGUUCAUUUCCCGUACGGCCAAGAGAAGCAGCUGCGCGUGCACAUCUUUGCCGGAGACUACUUGAACCGCUACCGUUGCGCUCAUGAGCUGCUGCUGGGCAUGGGGCUGACAGAUCCCGAGCUGGAGCGGGCUGUCCUGAAUCCCCGCUGUCGUGGUGUUGGCACCUACCGGCCUGCCGGCCAAAUUCGCGAGGAUUUGAUGCCAAUCAACAGUGAUCAGCGCUCUGCUGUGUAUGGUUUGUCAUCACGCCUGGAAAUCGUCCAUGGACCUCCUGGCACAGGCAAGAGCACAACUAUCUUUCACAUGCUCAGCUCACGUUUGCCCUCAACGCCAUGCGCGGCCAUUGUCACUUGUGUCACUAACCAGGCAAUCGAUGCAGUGGUCGAAAAGCUCGGGCAGACUCAUGACUGCCCUGGUGGCUUGCGCAUCCUUGUCCUCGGAAAUCCGGAUCGCGUUGGAAGGACCGCUGGACAAUACACCUUGGACAACUUGUGCAAGAGAGAUGAGCUGGUUCUGAGCAUGACUUGGGCAGCAAACCUCUUGUCAAGAACCCUGAAGGCUGUAGUCACACUUCAAAGCACAAGGAUGGAGCGUCUGUGGAGGCCUCACCGCAGGUCCAGGUUGCAGCUGCCACAAAUCGAGUGUCUUCCUUCUGUCAUUCGAUAUCGCCUUGAUCUAGAGGCUGGGAACUGGGAGCGUCGAAGGCGUGGAGAGGCUCCGGUGCCAUACGACCCCGUGGACUUUUACCUUCGACGUAUCGAUGGCAUCAAGAAGAAGCUGGCUCAGGCAGCAAUCCAGCUGAGGCCUGCAAGGUUCUUGAGGCGGCGUCGUUUCGGCAUGCCCAGGCUUCCUCGAGUCGAGUGGCACGUGCACCCCUUCCAGCUUCGCCUGGAGAAAGCUCUCGAACGAGCUCGGGCGGCCCUUAGCCUUGCCACCAGCACAGCGGCGGCACGGAAUGUCCGCAAGACACGGGUCCUUCUGUACACCAUCCCCUCGAGCUACAAGGUCAUGCAGCUGCAGGAGGACUUCCAGGACGACUUCCCUAAGAGGCUCUUCUUGGGCGUUUUGGAUGAGGCCGCAGCGACGGCUGAGACGUACAUCCCGUUGAUCCUGCGCCUGCGUGUUGAGAACUUGGUGUUGUUGGGCGACCACAAGCAGCUCAGCCCACUGGUUCUGGCCACAGGCGGGGACCGUGAGAUCAAGGAAAAGAACGUGGACCGCAGUCUCAUGGAACGAGCGAUCGACAAUGGCCUCCGCCCACACUCGCUUCGAGUUCAAUACCGCAUGCCGGAAGUCCUCUGCACACUGGUGUCAAACCUUUUCUACGGUGGCCUGCUUCGGACAGCCCCCCGGGAGACAAGGACGAUCAUGGAUCGCAUGGGUCGGCUCAGCCUCGGGCAACUACCAGAGCUGCGUUGGUUCAACGUGACAGUGUCGGAACUCGACGUGGGCACAUCCAAGAUCAACCCUGCAGAGGUGGUUCACGUCAUUGAGUUGUUGAGAUCCGACCCUGUCCUUAACAGCACACUCGACCUCGUUAUGAUCAUCACGCUCUACAAGCCGCAAGCGGCACUGCUGCAGGACGCUCUCUCGAAGCUGCUUCCCCAUCGCAUGGCAUCUGUGAAGGUGGUCACCGUCGAUGCGGCUCAGGGGUCAGAAGCCCCUCACAUUGUCCUUUCCACUGUGCGCAGCAACGCGACCAGCAGCAUUGGCUUUGCCCACAAUCCUCGGCGCCUGAAUGUGGCCAUUAGCCGGGCUCAGAAGACCCUUACCGCAGUCGGCAACAAGGAUGUCUUCCGUGCUUCCCAGCCGAAUUGGAGCCGCGUGGUGGAAACCUUCAGCCGGCAAGGGCAAGUAUCUGAUGUCUCGGGGCAUAUGCUGCGCACCGCGCUGUCGUGGCACUUUGUGGAGGAGCGGGCUUCGCAAAUGGCAGAGCGCAGUGCCAGCAAGGGCAAAGGGAAGGGUAAGGGGAAAGGCAUGGCUUCUCGCCGUGAGCUUUGUCUUCACUGGUCCCGCGGCCAUUGCAGGUAUGGGCGUCACUGCCGUUACGAGCACGAUUGA